UCUAUCGCCCCGGUCUCCGGUCCCCGAGCCUUUGCCCAGGCCCUUCCCCGCCCCUUCCGGCCUCACCUCCACCUCUCCGAUGCCUCCUCCGUGAAUGGACCCUUCCCAGAGGUGGAGCAACUCUUAAAGAACUACUACCUCUUUGAGAAUUUGCCAUCUGUGUCUGUGGAAGGAGUACGCACACUGAUAAAAUCACAGGUAGAAGAUGUCUAAGGAAAAAUGCCUUAAAAAGUCCUUUCAGGAUAGUCUGGAAGAUAUAAAGGAACGGAUGAAAGAGAAAAGAAACAAGCGAUUGGCACAAGUUGGCAAACCCAAGACCAUCCUGGCUGCAAAGUGCAAGAUACUCACCAACCCAUCUACACAAUUGAAAAGUUACCAAGAAAACAACAGAGCUCUAGCUUUAGCUUUAGAAAAUGAAAGAUCCAGAGUGAGAGAUGCCCAAGACACCAUCCUAAAUUUGAAGAAAGAGUGCCAAUACCUAAACCUUCAGCUAUUUGUAUUAAGAAGACAGCUGACUUCACAGCAAGCCGAAGAUUCUACUCAGGCUAAACUGUCGACUUUGAGAGGCAUUAUUUGUAAUGUCACUCAGAAAUUGCUAGAGACAGCUGACCUUCUUAGCCCAGCUCAAGCUUUGUGUUCUACGGCUCUUAACCAGAAAAUAUGUACCUCAGAAACGGAUGAAUUCUACAAUGAAGAUAUCUCCAGUGACUCAGCAGUAAAUUACUUACCGGAACUUCCAAGGUGUAUACCCGUUCUGGAUGCUGACCUUCCAGCAAAAGCUGAAUCAUUUCAAAUAGAAGGAGAAAGCUCUCCUGUUUGUCAAGAUGCACUGGGGAUUAAUAUUGAGACUUCUUCUCCAAACGAAGAGGAGAAGCUACCUGACGAUGUCUUACCAAGAAGUGUGUCUGUUCGGAGGUAUAGUGUACGGAAAACACACACUGAUAUAUGUCACAUUGAAACUUUAGAUCAUUUAGAAAUUGGUAAUUUGACAGAGGAAUUUUGCAAACCGGGCAGCCUUGAAUUUCAGGAAAACCUAAUAAACAAUCUUGUCACUGAAAAUCUAGACCAAAAUAUCUGUCAGUGGAACAAGGACCAAAUUAAUUUAUCCCCAGGACUGAUUGAGCCAGAUGCUCUUACUGAAACAGAAUGUGUGGUGGCGGAACCUAAAGUGAAACAAACUGAAAUAAAAAAUAAAUAUUCACAAAGAGGAAAAAGAGAACAGAAAGGAAAAUCUAGUGGGAUGAGGAAAUCUAAGUGUGCAUCAAAGGAUAGGAAGAGCAGGAGUGGAGGUAAUAAAACUCCUUCCAAGGAAAAAUUAGAUGAGUCUAUUGACUCCAGUGAUGCCUACAAUUUUAAUUUUGAAGAACGCGUUCAUAUCACUCCUUUCCGGCAAAAGAAAGUGAAUGAUGAUUGUGUGCAAGAAGAAAUCAGCAUUCAGUCUGAGAUGAACAGCUCUGAAUCUAGUAUUUCAGAACGGGAUUCUGGUGAACUCUAUGUACCUUUUAAACAAAAAUCCAAAUACAUGCAAAGUCUGGGUUCUUUUCUAAGCCCGGUCCAAAUGAGACCUCGAUCCAAAAGGAAGCUUUUAGAGCAGAAGAAGUGUGUGACUGAAACCACCCCUGAGAGCUCUGUGAGAGCGGACACCAGCCUCUGCAUCAGUUCACCUUCUGAAAAUCAACAGUCAUUUCAUCUCAGCUUGAAGGAUGUCACCAAUAUCCAUCAAACUUCUGGUGCAAAAAGCAGAAAACAUUCCAUUCCAUUCAGCAAGAGUGAAGAAAGCUCUGUGCUGCCUCUGCGUAAGCGCAGGUGUACCCUCAGUGUGAAUUAUAAGGAACCUGCACUUGCCACAAAACUGAGAAGAGGAGAUCCAUUUACGGAUGUUUGUUUUUUGAAUUCUCCAAUUUUCAAACAGAAAAAGGACCCCGGACAACGCAGAUCUUCUAAAAAGCAUUCACUGUCCAAAUACAAUGAAGCUUUUGUUGGAUGUCGUUGAAAUUCAUCUUAUACCCUCUUGCUUGAAAAGAAUUGAUGGUGUUAUUGGGACAAGAGUAGGCAGAACUAUUAAUAUGAAAAGUUGUGCUAUAAAAAGCAUCAUAGUGCUUUAAAAACCUAUCGUCAAACAUUUGACAUUGAUUUUCUUUCCUAUUGUAGAUAAAUAACUGGUGUUACCCUCUUUAAAAGCUUAAAUAUAUUAUACUACCCAAAGCCCCUAGUUUAAAUGAAAAUUAUAUUUCCUGUAGUAAUUGUAGAGAAAAUGGUGGUGGUUAAUUAGACAAAUUAAAAUCUUUAAAUUAGUAACUUCAAAUAUCUUUGUUUUCCCUACUUACGGGGAAUCAUAACUGUGAAAUGUCUGAAAAGACAGGUAAACAAUCAUUCAAAACUCUUAAUUAUUCAAUUUCGUUACCUGCUAACAAUAAAAUUUCUGAUCACUUUGUAUGAUUUGAUCAGUUUGACUUUU